AUUGGAGUUCGCGUUGCAACGACCGAGGCGGCAAGGCGCCAGUUGAUGCAGCCAGUCGUAUGCUGGGAAAAGGCCUGGGUCACACCAGAGCAUGCCCCAAGUUCGACGAUGCGGAUAUACAAAUGGGUCAAGACGGAGAAGAAGCAGGUUGGUGCUAUUAGCUUGAAAGUGCAAUUCAGCGAUGAUGAAGAGGGUGCCGAUGAGCCCCUUGCCCCCUUGCCUGAUGAACCGGAAGUCAUAGAGGGUGACGAGGACAUGGAUCAGGAUGAACCGGCGGCAUCCGUACCCCCCGAAACUGAACCUCCGACGUUAAAUGCAACGGAAACCAACUCCGUGUUGCAAUCAGAACCCCAGACCAAGCCCCCUUCGCCAACGCCGCCAACCCUCUCACUUGAUCAAGCCGGCCCUUCGUUAACAUCACUCGAAGGUGCUGACAUGCUUGAUGUCUCGUUGUCAGUACUAGGUGGAUCUAUGAAUGUCGAUGGCGGGGAUGCGAACUCAGCAGAUGUCGGAGGUUUGGACAUGGGGAUGUUAGGUCCUGACGGACCAGCGUUUGCGAAUGUAGACAAUCUGAAUCAAAUGACAGGCGAUGAUGCGCUCUUGGGUGGCGCGUUGAUAGACGGUAAUGGCGACCCGUUCUCCGAACCGGUGAACCCUGCGCCGUCGCAUUCAGACGUAACUGGCUGACCAAGUCACGGAUAUUAUUAUCGCAAUUCUCUGUAAUUCCUCUCAUAACAUGGCAGGCA